AUGACCGGAAUAUCGCUCAUUAUUAAAAAAAGUUUGCACGAUUGGCAUCACGCGACACUUGGACUAAUCCUAAGUUUGUCUUUAACCUUAAUGGUGACCGAAGUUUUCAAGAAUACAGUGGGUCGCCCCCGACCGGAUUUCAUCGAUCGGUGCCAACCAGUCAAUGGUUCUACUGAUGCAUCGGUUUACGGACUUAGCACCUCAAGUAUCUGUACUCAAACAGAUCAUGCUCUAAUCAAAGAUGGAUUCAAGAGUUUCAUUUCGGGUCACUCUUCGAGUUUCAUACUUUCCCUGUUCGCCUAUCACCAGUACUAUCCUGCUUUGUAUUCACACAUUUCAGACAAACCCUACUCGACCAGGCUUAAAGAAAGUUUACCGGAUUAUCGUGCAGACUUUUCAUUUCACGAUGGUUCAACAUUUGAAGUGUCUGUGGUUCGUCGUGAUGGAGCGGUUUUACAUCAAGACAGUAAAAACUUCGUACAAUCCGAUGGAAAUGUUGUAUGA